CGAUUACUUGUUUUUGUCAAGGAAACCAUUUCCCAUUAAUUUUUCCAUUGUAUACAUACAAAGAUGUUUUAGGCUGAAUUACAACGAUUUAUAAUGAAAAAAUUGAACAUUGUUUUACAGUUAACUGGAUUGGACAUAUUAAUACACAUUAAUGAUCAAACACUUGAUAAAGAAAAGGAAGACUCACCACUGAUUCGAAUCUGAAACAAUUUUAAAUCUUCCCUUAUUUAAAUACCAUCAUGUCACGAGUUCUUUUUUUUCAGAUGCUACAGUGGUAAUGAAAGUGGACACAACAAAGGGACCGUCUUUUCUUAACACUGCAACAAGAUGAUGACCAUUGGUUUAAUUGUUUUUUCUUUUAUAGUGAAUGGUGUGUUUAGUGGUACAGUGUUAGUAAAUGAAGGAGAUUCAGUUACUUUACACGCUGGCGUGACUGAGAUACAGAUGGAUGUUGUUAUCGAGUGGAUGUUUGGACAUGAUCAGGUUCUCAUAGCUGUUAUUAACAGAGCAGCUGAUACAAUCUCAUUGGAUGGAGCUGAUGUGAGAUUCAGAGACAGACUGAAGCUAAACAAUCAGACCGGAGAUCUCACCAUCACUGACAUCAGAUCUGAACACACUGGAGUUUAUAAACUAGAGAUCACUGGAGAGAAGACCACAACAAAAACAUUCAGUGUUAGUGUGUUUGGUGGUACAGGAGGAGUGAAACAAAUUUCAGUGAUGGAGGGAGAUUCUGUUACUCUACACACUGAUCUUACUGAAAUACAGAGAGAUGAGAAGAUAUUGUGGCUUUAUGAACGUGAAAAAACUGUCUUAGCUCAAAUUAACAGAGCAGCCCAUAUCUUUUUUAUAAAUGAUAUUGCGAAAAAAAGAAUCGUACCCAAACUACAUGUGGAUCAUCAGAAAGGAGAUCUCACUAUCAGAAACAUCGGAGCGGCACAGUCUGGACUUUAUCAAGUACACAUCAUCGGCAGCAUGCAUACUAUACAUAAGAGAUUCAAUAUUACUGUCUGUGAUGGAGUUAAGACAAUCUCAAUAAUGAAAGGAGAUUCUGUUACUCUACACACUGAUCUUACUGACAUACACAGAGAUCAUGUGAUGUGGUGGAUCUCUGAUACAGUCAUAGCUGAAAUAGAUGGAAAUGCCCAGAUCAUUUCUACAUACGAUGGUGCUGAUGGGAGAUUCGGAGACAGACUGAAGCUGAACAAUCAGACUGGAGAUCUCACCAUCACUGACAUCAGAUCCACAGAGGCGGGACUUUAUAAUCUUGAGAUCAGCGGCAUCGGACACACCUUACAAAAGAUGUUUAUUCUUACUGUUUGUGAUGUGGUGAAGACUGUGGAAGUGACUGUGGGAAACGUUAUUACUCUUAAUGCUGGUGUUAGGUCAAAGACUUAUAAUCAACUAUUGUGGCAAUAUAAAGACACUUUUAUAGCUCAACUAAACAAAACCGGCCAUAUCAAAUUGACACAUGAUGGGAGAUUCAGAGACAGACUGGAUAUAAACAAUCAGACUGGAGAUCUCACCAUCACAAACAUCAGACCUGAACACACUGGACUUUAUAAAGUACAGAUCAGCAGCAGCAGACUUACUUUACUGAAGAAAUUUGAUGUUAUUGUCAAUGCACAAGAUUCCUUCAAUUUACCUCUAACAGUAAUAAUAUGUACUGUUUUCGUACCGUUAUUACUGGUGAUAUUGAUUGUGAUCAUGGUUUGCUGCCAGAUGACCCUGCUAAAGAAUAAAAAAGAGAAAUCAACCAAACAAAAAGGAUUUUCUCAACACGCCAUGAUGAAAUUGAACGAUGAUACAUUACCAGAAGAGAAGAAAAGUACUGAUGUAUCUCAAUUCAUCUCUGCCCCUUUUCAAAUGAACAAACAAUGCAAAAGACUUUUUAAGAGCCUCGAAGAUCUUCCUUGUACAGUAUGAAUGAGUUUAAACUUUGAUAUUUAUUUGUAUUGCGUGGAAAUAUUACAAUUGAAGGUUUCCGGCAUGGAUCAUUUAAAAGCAAGUUGUAUAUUAAGGAUCAGCAAUAUUUUCCCACAGCACAUAAUUUUUAGCUUUCAUGUUUCAACAUAUCGUGUUUUAUCUGACAGCUUAUGAUUUGAACCGAAUUGAAUUAUGUGAUCGUGUAUGUGAAAAAUCCAGUGUCAUGAUGAGUUUAGGAGCAUCAAAGUUUGAUUUAACAUUUCAAUCUUUAACAUGAUCUUACUUGGUCAAUAUAAAAGAAAUAAAGAUUAUAUUUUCACAAAAUGAUUAUGUACAUUAUGUACAUUUAUGUAGAAAACACUAACUCACAAUGUUGUAAAUAUGAAUAGUUUAGGAAACUUCUUUCUUUGUUCUCUUUGUCUGUAUUCUUCCGCAGGCCUUGUGUAAUCAAAUCACUUAAAUUAAUUUUAAUUUGCUGUGGUUGAUUAGGAUAGUGCAAUUUAUUUCUUGGGUUAUACAGUACAUCAAAUCUGACACAACAGUGUUGAAAAUGACUUUUAUAAGCCACAUGGCAUAAAGAAGCAGGUGUUUUUAACUUCAACUGUUUAACACCAGAUGGCGGUACAUUAAAUUGUGUAUUUGUGUAUAAAACCUAAUUUAGAAAGUUUGAUCUGUCCAGUAGUUAAUGUUAUAUUGAUCAG